CUCCCCACUUCCUCGUGGCAACUCUGUAGACAAGAAUAAAACAAUGGCGUAUAGCUUCAGAUGUGCAGCAGUUUCUAUUGCAAAACGCACAAAUGCUUUUAUAGUCUCAAGGAAUAUCCAUAAUGGGUUUCCUUCAAAAACUAUUCUUAGAUCAAGUUCAAGUCCAUUUUCCCAUAGACAUACUGGCUAUAGACAUUCAAUUCGCGCAACACAGGGUAGUGGGGCUGCAAGAGUUUUGGACCCUGUAGCUCCAAAGAAAGAAGAUGUGGAGCAGUCAUCAGAGAAUUGGAAAAUUAAAAUGUUGUAUGAUGGGGAAUGCCCACUUUGUAUGAAAGAGGUGAAUAUGCUGAGAGAGAGGAAUAAGAGCUUUGGGACGAUCAAGUUUGUGGAUAUAAGUUCUGAUGAUUAUUCUCCAGAGAAGAAUCAAGGCCUUGACUACAAAACAGUAAUGGGAAGGAUUCAUGCGAUACUAUCUGAUGGGACUGUUGUGACUGAUGUUGAGGCAUUUAGAAAACUGUAUGAAGCAGUUGGGCUUGGGUGGGUUUAUGCCAUUACGAAAUAUGAACCUAUAGCUACAAUUGCUGACGCUGUCUAUGGUAUUUGGGCCAAGUAUCGUCUCCAAAUUACAGGCCGACCUCCAUUGGAAGAAGUUCUGGAAGCACGGAAGAAUAAGAGGGACUUAUGCAAUGACAGCAAGACUUGUAAGACUUAAGUUUCCAGAUUUAGGUGAGCUAAUGCAGAAGACUGCAUAUUAUGGAUCAUUCUGCACAUAAGGAUGAACCAAAAUGUCCAAAUUCUUAUAUCAACUACCACAUUAGAAGGCAUGGCUUGAGUUCCCGACAUUGAUUGUAACUAAACAACAGUAUAUUCGACAUGUGUAGCUUAGAUAUUCAUAGAUUACAGGUACAAGUUUUGAAUGUUUCCUGAGCCCUGAGAGAAUUAAGAAGAGUGGCAGAUCAUGCACAUUGAUUGAAGUUUGUAAACAGAAAAUUAUGCGUUUAAGCAUUCCAAGUUCUGAUUGUAACUAAACAGCAGUAUACUCAGCAUGUGUAGCUUAGAUAUUCAUAUAAUACAGGUACAAUUUCUGAAUGUCUCCUAAGCCCUGACAGAGUUAAGAUGAA